CUGAUCUUUUCUAUAAAGUGUGUAGAGUCCUUGAUAUAAUGUGCAGUGAGCCCAAUGUGGGUUUGUAGCUGUGUAGCCAGAAAUUUUGCCAGGUUGUAAGUCGGCGAUCCAAUGGCACUUACAAUGGGUCUGAGUGGGAUGGAGUCCUUGUGGAUUUUGGGGAGUCCGUAAAGCCUGGGUGGGAGGGCUUCUGAUUUGCACAGCUGUUGGCGUAUGUCAAAGUUAAUGGAGGAGUUCUUGAUUAGAAAUGCAAAACUCCCCCCCAGCAACAUAACGAGAAAAGAAAGACAGGCCAUCAAAGAUCUCAACUCAGAUCCUGAAAUCAUCAUUCUUCCAGCUGACAAGGGGAAUGCCACAGUAAUCAUGGAAACAAAACAAUACAAAGAAAAAAUCAGACAACUUCUAGAUCCCACAAUUUACAAGAAACUGAAACAAGACCCCACUAACAAAAUCACCAGAAAAACGAACACUCUAAUCAAGAACUCCUCCAUUAACUUUGACAUACGCCAACAGCUGUGCAAAUCAGAAGCCCUCCCACCCAGGCUUUAUGGACUCCCCAAAAUCCACAAGGACUCCAUCCCACUCAGACCCAUUGUAAGUGCCAUUGGAUCGCCGACUUACAACCUGGCAAAAUUUCUGGCUACACAGCUACAAACCCACAUUGGGCUCACUGCACAUUAUAUCAAGGACUCUACACACUUUAUAGAAAAGAUCAGCAACCUCAAUCUAAGCACCAAGGACAUCCUGAUCAGCUUUGAUGUGGUGUCCCUUUUUACCAAAGUCCCAGUAGCUGACACCCUCACACUAAUCAAACAAAACUUCCCAGAAGACAUCACAGCCCUGUUUCACCAUUGCCUCACCACUAGCUACUUUCAGUGGGACACUGGAUUCUAUGAACAGAAGGAUGGAGUGGCCAUGGGGAGCCCUCUCAGCCCAGUAGUAGCAAAUUUCUAUAUGGAAUACUUUGAAAAACAGGCCCUAGAAACAGCACCAAAAAAGCCCACUGUUUGGUUCAGAUACGUAGAUGACACCUUCACAAUUUGGAGCCAUGGAGAGGAAGAACUCAGCAAGUUCCUGGACCAUCUUAACAGCAUCCACCCAAACAUCCAAUUCACCAUGGAAAAAGAAAAGGAAGGAAAACUGCCAUUUCUAGAUGUUCUGGUCAUCCGCAAACCCAAUCAACAAUUGGGCCACACAGUUUACAGAAAACCUACACACACAGAUAGAUACCUUCAUAAAAACUCCAACCAUCACCCAAGUCAAAAAAGGAGCACAAUCAAAGCCCUGACAGACCGUGCACAAAGAAUCUGCGAACCUCACCUCCUCCAAGGUGAACUCAACCACCUAAACUGGGCUCUACAGGCCAAUGGAUACUCCACCACAGACAUCAGAAGAGCUGCAAGGCCAAGAACAAGCCAGGAGAGUCAAGACAAAGAUCCACCCAGAGGAAAGGUGUUCUUACCAUACAUCAAGGGAACUACUGACCGCAUAGGGAAGCUGAUGAAGAAGCACAACCUACAAACUAUCUACAGACCCACGAAGAAAAUCCAACAAAUGCUACGGUCAGCGAAGGACAAGAGGGAUCCUCUCUCUUCUGCAGGAGUCUACCGGAUACCAUGCAGCUGUGGACAAGUCUACAUAGGGACCACCAAACGCAGCGCCCAAACAAGAGUCAAAGAACAUGAAAGGCACUGCAGACUAAUUCAACCAGAGAAAUCAGCCAUAGCAGAGCAUUUGAUGAACCAGCCUGGACACAGAAUACUAUUUGAGAACACAAAAAUGCUGGACCAUUCUAACAACUAUCAUGUCAGACUACACAGAGAAGCCAUUGAAAUCCACAAGCAUGUGGACAACUUCAACAGAAAGGAAGAAACCAUGAAAAUGAACAAAAUCUGGCUACCAGUAUUACAAAACUCAAAAAUCAGAACAGUAAAUAAAAAGCAAUACUCUGAAAACAGAGGGUUUCCAGACAUGAAUCAACCAAGGGCAGUUAACGACUCUAAACAAAGGAUGCCCCAGAGGCAGGAAGAAGACAGCAGAUAA